AAGAGGUUAAAUUAGAUUAUCGAAAUGCUGGUGAACUAUUAUGUGCUGCAUUGGAUAAGUUCAAAGAACAUUAUAACGUUGCAAAAUCAAGAUUUAUUUCUCAGUUAUCUUACUAUUUAUAUGAUUUAAAUCAUAAUGUGGAUCCGAUGGCUCGUAUUAAAAGUGGUGCGCAAAUCAGAGUUCAGGUAGAAUCAGUUAAAAGAUGUAAAGUAGAAAAUG